GCUGCUGUUGCUGUUGUUGUUGUGUCGUCGUCAGCAGUUUGUGAACAUCGACGUUAAUGCUAGCUAGCUAUGCUAGGUUUGAAGGGAACUAAAUAUAUGCGAGUUUAUUUCUUUCGAUGGCUUCAUAUCUUCCUUGGUAUUAAUGCAAGGCUAACGAUGUGCUAACAAGCGAGGUGCCAGGACUUUUGUUGUAUAACUGACAUCCUUGCAGAGAAGCGACGGGAGAUUAGCCUCCAGAGCAGCUUUGGCUAGCUGCUCUGUGUUGCUAGGCAACGGAAGUGGCCGCUGGGUGGCCGAGGGCUGCAGAACAAGCACCAUGCUGGUCCCCAUAUUCACCCUGAAGCUGAAUCACAAGAUCAACCCUCGCAUGGUGACGAUCGGGAAGUUUGAUGGAGUUCACCCAUGCCUUACUGCAGCCACACAGGCUGGAAAGGUUUUUAUCCACAACCCUCACGCCCGUGGCCAGAGACCUGUGGCUCACCGGCUGAGCCAGAGCGCCCAGGACUCGGACAUCUCUCUGCUCAACAUCAACCAGGCGGUCAUGUGUUUGACAGCGGGAACGCUGGGACCAAAUAGCACUGGGGACACACUGUUAGUGGGAUCCCAGACCAACCUGCUGGCCUAUGAUGUCCAUGACAAUGCUGACAUCUUCUACAGAGAGGUGACGGAUGGAGCCAAUGCUAUUGUGUUGGGAAAACUUGGGGACAUCCCUUCGCCUCUUGCCAUCAUUGGAGGGAAUUGUGCCUUGCAAGGCUUCGACUAUGCAGGCAACGACCACUUCUGGACAGUAACUGGAGAUAACGUCAGGUCUCUGGUGCUCUGUGACUUCACUGGAGAUGGAAAAAAUGAGCUCCUGGUCGGAUCCGAGGACUUUGACAUCAGGGUAUUCAAAGAGGAUGAACUUGUGUCGGAGAUGACUGAAAAUGAGACAGUGACAUCAUUGUGCCAUAUGCAUGGCAGCAGGUUUGGUUACGCCCUGGCUAAUGGCACUGUUGGCGUCUAUGACCGCACCGCCCGCUACUGGAGGAUCAAGUCUAAGAAUCAUGCAAUGAGCAUUCAUGCCUUUGACUUGAAUGCUGAUGGGGUUGUGGAGCUUAUUACUGGCUGGUCCAAUGGAAAGAUCGAUGCUCGAAGUGACCGCACAGGUGAGGUAAUUUUUAAAGACAACUUCUCCUCGUCUGUGGCUGGAGUGGUGGAGGGAGACUACCGACUGGAUGGACAGAAGCAGCUCAUCUGCACCUCCACAGAGGGAGAGGUUCGUGGUUACCUGCCAGCCAGCAAAGACCUGAAAGGGAACCUCAUGGACUCCAGUGCUGAACAGGAUCUGGUUCGAGAGCUCAGCCAACGCAGACAGAAUUUGCUGCUUGAGCUACGCAACUAUGAGGAGAAUGCCAAGGGUGUGUCAGAGACCAACAGUGGGAUGGGUGUCAUCCCAGCCAACACUCAGCUCCAGACGGCGCUGUCAGUGAAGCCUGCUACGGAGACCCAGAAGGCUCAUGUGGAGCUCAGCAUUUCAACACCAAACGAAACCAUUAUCCGUGCAGUGCUCAUCUUUGCCGAGGGAAUAUUUGAGGGUGAGAGUCACGUUGUCCACCCCAGUGCCCAGAACCUGUCAGGCUGUGUCCGAGUCCCCAUCGUUCCCCCAAAAGAUAUCCCAGUGGAUCUGCACAUAAAAGCCUUUGUUGGAGGGAAAACUAGCACCCAGUUCCACGUGUUUGAAAUCACUCGUCAGCUGCCUCGUUUCUCCAUGUACGACGUCACAGUCGACUCUUCAGCUGCUCUGCCCACCGGAAGGGUCACUUUUAGCAUCAACGAUCGACCGCAGAGGGUGGUAAUGUGGCUGAACCAGAACUUCCUGCUUCCAGAAGGAGUCGAGAGUCCUGAUGUCACCUUUAAUUCACUAAGGGGAGGGGGUCUCCUGUCCUUCAGCAUGGCCAGCAAUGGACAGAUCACCCUGAGAACAGACGACAUUGACCUAGCGGGAGAUCUUGUCCAAUCGUUGGCCGUCUUCCUGGCAAUAGAGGACCUGUCGGCAGAAGCAGACUUCCCCACAUACUUCGAGGAGCUGCGCACUACACUUACCGAGGUGGACGAGUUCCACUCCGUCCAUCAGAAGUUAACGGCAGCGAUGGCCGAUCACUCCAACUACAUCAGAAACAUGCUGGUGCAGGCAGAGGAUGCUCGCCUUAUGGGUGACCUGACAACUAUGAAGAAGCGCUACAGAGAGCUGUACGAUCUCAACAGGGAUCUUAUCAACGAAUACAAGAUCCGAUCUAACAACCACAAUGCCCUUCUGGCCUGUCUCAAGUCUGUGAACCAGGCCAUACAGCGAGCUGGCAGACUCCGAGUGGGUAAACCCAAGAACCAAGUCAUCUCUGCCUGUCGCGACGCCAUCAAGAGCAACAACGUCAACGCACUCUUCAGGAUCAUGAGGGCCGGCACCGCAUCCUCCUGAGGCGUGAAGGAGGAGGGAUGUACUGAAGAGCCAGAGACACGUUCACAGGCCCACCACAUGAGGAACAGCGUGAAGUUUAGCGGCCAGGACGGUCCACCAGGACGACGAGCCUGAUACAUGAAAGACACUGGGACUGUGACAAAGGGGACACUGUUGCAGCCUUAAUCCAAGUUUUCCAUGACUUAGCAACAGCCUGGCAGCAACGUUGGCACCAGCUUCUUGAAACUUGAAAUUGUGCUAGCUCACAGAAAACUAAAAUGCUGACCACAGACUUAGUGCAGUUUUGAAGUAGUCAUCCAUCUCCGUGUAGCAGUGCGGCUGUGUGGAAGGGCUUGAUUUAGCAGUAAAUGAUGUCACAAUGAACGUAGGUGUCUGCGGGCGGUACAGACAGAUCUGCUUAGUGGGUUCAGCAGGACCAAAACACACGAAACUCACAUGCAGUCUUCUGCCUGAUAGCUCCACUAGUGAAGACACAAAGGAAGAGUAGAGCCUGUGAAGGUACCAGAGGUGUCGCAAGUGAUGCUGCACAUUCAUCUAAGAAGAUGUUUAAACUACGGCGACGUCAUCCAAAGCGUUCCCACGGAGACGUGAACGUGUGGAGAAAGUGACUAUGUGCUGGACUGUUUAGUUGAGCUGGAAGUGAUGUUUAGAGCGAGAACAGCUGCAGCGAGACGCUCACUGAUUGUCCACCGAUCGAUCGCUGUCCAGUCUCUGCUCCCAGCUGCUGUGUGUCUGUGUGGUGUUUGUAGCCAAAGAAGACUAUUUUAAAUCACCUGAUGUACCAGAGGACCCCUGCUGUGGGUUUGACUUGUUGACCUUGUAGACUGUAUUCAGACUGUAAAUGUCAUUUACAUGUGUUUGUGUCAGAAACUGUAAUUAAAUUAAGUUUUAAACAUG